UUGCGAUAGUAGAGGCCGCGGACGCCGAAGGAGGGGGCGUGCGAGUCAGAGGAAAGCCUCUUCUGCGCCUGCGCUGUCUGCUUUUUCCCCGGUCGCGGAGGGAAGGGGUUGGAAACAAACCUUGAGCCGACGUCUAGCACUCUCUGGACUCCAGGCCGGGGUCGCCCUUCAGUCCUCCGCGCGGCGUCUCGGUAGGUCGUCAGAGAGCUCCGCAGGGGUGUGGGGAGGUGAUUUCAUCUGUUAACAGCUAUGUGCUGCCAAUUUCCAAAUCUUUAUCUCAGACCUCUCUCCUGCAUUCCAGAUCCUUACAUUCAGCUACCUAUUGGACAUCUCCCCCAGGACAUUCUCAAGCCACACAAGAAUUAAAUUCUGAAUAAGUCUACAAGUAGAAUGGACAGUUAUUUUAAAGCAGCAGUCAGUGACUUGGACAGACUUCUCGAUGAUUUUGAACAGAAUCCAGAUGAACAAGAUUAUCUCCAAGAUGCACAAAAGGCGUAUGAUUCUAAGCACUAUUCAGUCUCUUCGGAGUUGACUGCCUCACAAGUAACUUCAUUGCUACCAAAGGAUCAACAGUGCAUUAAUUGUUGUGUCUCAUCAGAAACAGGUUAUGAGACAAAUCAGAUUGCCCUGACUGAAGAAAUACUUGAGGGACUAACUUCUAUACAGAAUGAAAAAAAUGUAACAGGGCUUGAUCUCCUUUCUUCUGUGGAUGGUGGCACUUCAGAUGAAAUCCAGCCCCUAUAUAUGGGACGAUGUAGUAAACCUGUCUGUGAUCUGAUAAGUGACAUGGGUAAUUUAGUUCAUGUAACUAAUAGUGAAGAAGAUAUUAAAAAACUAUUGCCAGAUGAUUCGAAGUCUGGUGGAGAUUCCUUGAUUGGACUGGGUUUAUCUUCAGUAUCAGAAACUUUCUGUGUGUCUUCAACAGACCAUGGUAAUAAUACAGUCAGAGAGGAACAGAAUGAUGUCAGCUCUGAAUUACAAAGCAGAGGAAUCAGUGGAACUACAGAAUUUGGUGUAAAAAUGGAUACAGCACUUUCAGAUUCAUGUAAUUACAAUGAGAAAGAAAAUGUAGAGGAUAAAAAGAUCUCUAAUCAGUCAGAACCAGUUGUUGAUUUUAACAUGCCAUCUGCUUUGACUCAACAAAGUUCCAAAGUGUUUGAUGCCAAAGACUACCCACAACACAAGAACCAGCUAUGUGAGUUAGUAAAAGCUGUUGGCUGUUUGGUAGAAGAGAAGGAAGAGGUGCCAGGUAAAGCUGCCACAGAAUGUUUAAAAGAAGGAGGCAGCAGUCUUCCAAAAAAUGGAGGCUUAUGCUUAAAUGAUUCAAAUGUAAGAGAUGAAAACUCCAAGUUACCCGACUUUUCCAUUGAGGAAGAUAGGACUGCUAUAUUUAUAAAAGAAUCUGUAAAAGAAGACUCCAGAAAUUUAGAUCUUAAUGAUAAUAGAGAUGUAAUCCAAGAUUCUGCUUCAGCUUUACAUGUUUCAAGUGAAAAUACAUACUCCUCACUGUCCUGUCUUCCAGUACCUGCGUCUUUGUGUGGAUCUUUAAUUGACAGUAAAGGUCAUGGUGAUUUUUUACCCCAGAAUGAAAAUAAAGAUAAUGUACAGGAUGCAGUGACUGUACAUGAAGAAAUACAGAAGAAAGUUACUCCAGGUGGGGAAUCUUUGAAGGAGACUGAUCUUUUGAAACAGGAUAAAUGUAAAAACAUACUUCAUCAGCCAUUAACUGAAAAGAUGGGAGAUACAAAGGUAGAUUCUAACCAGAUGGUAAUUAGAGUUGAAUCUGUGGAUUACCCUGAUAACAGCAGUUCUUCUACACCCGCAGAAUCUCAAAUAGAGCUUUCUGGUGCUACUGCCCCAGAAUCUCCUGAUCAUUGUGAAGGUCUCACUUUUUCAAGCAGUGAUAUUGAUGGACAAGACUUAGAUUACUUUAACAUUGAUGAAGGCAUGAAAAGUGGUGCACCAAUUAGUGAUGCUGAACUUGAUGCCUUUCUCACUGAACAGUAUCUUCAGACAAGUAACAUAAAAUCAUUUGAAGAAAAUAUAAAUGAUGCAAAGUCUCUAAUGAAUCAGAUAGAUAUGAAAGGCCUAGAUGAUGGAAGUAUUGAUAAUAUAUAUUUCGAUGCUGAAGCAGGAGCUACUGGGGAAAGUCCUGGUAUUAAUAUGAUUUGUGAAACAGUUGAUAAACAAAAUGCAGCUGAAAAUGGUAGCCUUUCUUUAGGUGAAAAAAGUACAGUUCCAGUUGAACAAGGGUUAUCUAGCAGUAAGUCUGAGAUUACAAAUGAAUUAUCAGUCUCUGAUAGUAACAGUCAGUCUGUUCAUGUUGGAGGGGCCAGACCUAAGCAAUUGUUUAGUGUUCCAUCAAGAACAAGGAGUUCAAAGGAAUCAAAUAAACUGGAUAUUCCAAAUAUGCCUGAAAGUAAACCCAGGAUAACAAAUACCACUGUUCCAACCACCUAUACUACAGAUUCUGUGACUGACCCUCGGGUUAGCUUCAAUUCUAAUUACAUUGAUAUAGAAAGUAAUUUUGAAGGUGGGUGUGGUUUUGUAACUGCAAAUGAAGAAUCUCUUCCUGCAAACACUUGCAAAGAUGGCCUUGUUUUGGGCCAGAAACAACCUACUUGGGUUCCUGAUUCAGAAGCUCCAAAUUGUAUGAACUGCCAAGUCAAAUUUACUUUUACAAAACGGAGACAUCAUUGCCGAGCAUGCGGAAAAGUAUUUUGCGGUGUCUGUUGUAAUAGGAAGUGUAAAUUGCAGUAUCUAGAGAAGGAGGCAAGAGUAUGUGUAGUCUGCUAUGAGACUAUUAGUAAAGCUCAGGCAUUUGAAAGAAUGAUGAGUCCAACUGGUUCUAAUCUUAAAUCUAAUCAUUCUGAUGAGUGUGCCACCGUCCCGCCUCUUCAGGAGACUCAAACAUUGAGUAUACCUUCACCUACAGCUUUACCAAUCUCAGCACUUAAACAACCAAGUGUUGAAGGAUUAUGCUCCAAAGAACAGAAGAGAGUAUGGUUUGCAGAUGGUAUAUUGCCCAAUGGUGAAGUUGCAGAUACAACAAAAUUAUCAUCUGGAAGUAAAAGAUGUUCUGAAGACUUUAGUCCUCUCUUACCCGAUAUGCCGUUGAUGGUAGACACAGUGGACCAUGCCCAUUCUAUUCCAGUGGAAGAACCAAACAGUGACACAGGAGAUACAAGAAAUGAGAUAAUUCGAAGUCCUACUUGUCAGGUUCCACUUGUGGAAAAACUGCGUGCGAACACAGGAACUGAGGGGUUGCCUGCAUCUGCUGCUUUUACACUAGACGAUGAUGUUUUUGCAGAAACCGAGGAGCCAUCAGAUCCUACUGAUAUCUUGGUUAACAGCAGUUUACCUGUUGCUAGUGCUUCAGAUUAUAGGUUAUUGUGUGGUAUUGAUGAUAAUGUUUGCAAUAAGAUUAGUCUUCUACCUGAUGAUGAGGACAGCUUGCCCCCCCUUCUGGUUACAUCUGGAGAAAAGGGAUCAGUGCCUGUAGUAGAAGAACACCCAUCUCAUGAACAAAUCAUUUUGCUUCUUGAAGGCGAAGGUUCUUGUCCUGUUACUUUUGUCUUAAAUGCUAAUCUACUUGUGAAUGUCAAGUUAGCAUUUUAUUCCUCAGACAAAUACUGGUACUUCUCAACCAAUGGAUUGCAUGGCUUGGGACAGGCAGAAAUUGUUAUUCUAUUGUUAUGUUUGCCAAAUGAAGAUACUCUUCCUAAGGACAUCUUCAGAUUGUUUAUCACCAUUUAUAAGGAUGCUCUGAAAGGAAAAUAUAUAGAAAACUUGGACAGUAUUACCUUUACUGAGAGUUUUCUCAGCAGCAAGGAUCAUGGAGGAUUUUUAUUUAUUACACCUACUUUUCAGAAACUUGAUGAUCUCCUAUUACCAAGUAAUCCUUUUCUUUGUGGAAUUCUUAUCCAGAAGCUAGAGAUUCCCUGGGCAAAGGUUUUUCCUAUGCGUUUAAUGUUGAGAUUGGGUGCAGAAUAUAAAGCAUAUCCUGCUCCUUUAACAAGUAUCAGAGGCCGAAAACCUCUUUUUGGAGAAAUAGGACACACUAUUAUGAACUUACUUGUUGACCUUCGAAAUUACCAGUAUACCUUGCAUAAUAUAGAUCAGCUGUUGAUUCAUAUGGAAAUGGGGAAGAGCUGCAUAAAAAUACCUCGGAAAAAAUACAAUGAUGUAAUGAAAGUAAUAAAUUCUUCUAAUGAGCAUGUCAUUAGCAUUGGAGCUAGUUUUAGUACAGAAGCAGAUUCUCAUCUAGUCUGUAUACAGAAUGAUGGAGUUUAUCAGACACAGGCCAACAGUGCUACUGGCCAUCCUAGAAAAGUGACAGGUGCAAGCUUUGUGGUAUUCAAUGGAGCUCUAAAAGCAUCUUCAGGAUUUCUUGCUAAGUCCAGCAUAGUUGAAGAUGGCUUAAUGGUACAAAUAACUCCAGAGACUAUGGAUGGCUUGCGGCUAGCUUUACGAGAACAAAAAGACUUUAAAAUUACAUGUGGGAAAGUUGAUGCUGUGGACAUGAGAGAAUAUGUGGACAUCUGCUGGGUAGAUUCUGAAGAAAAAGGAAACAAAGGUGUUAUUAGUUCAGUGGAUGGAAUAUCAUUACAGGGAUUUCCAAGUGAAAAAAUAAAACUGGAAGCAGAUUUUGAAACUGAUGAGAAGAUUGUAAAGUGUACUGAGGUAUUCUACUUUCUAAAGGACCAGGAUUUAUCUAUUUCAGCAGCUCGUUACCAGUUUGCAAAAGAAAUCGCCAUGGCUUGUAGUGCUGCACUAUGCCCUCACUUGAAAACUCUAAAGAGUAAUGGGAUGAAUAAAAUUGGCCUCAGAGUUUCCAUUGACACUGAUAUGGUUGAAUUUCAGGCAGGAUCUGAAGGCCGACUUCUUCCUCAGCAUUAUCUAAAUGAUCUUGAUAGUGCUCUAAUCCCUGUGAUCCAUGGUGGGACCUCCAGCUCUACUAGUUUACCGUUAGAAAUAGAAUUAGUAUUUUUUAUUAUAGAAAAUCUUUUUGAGUGAAGGAACUGAGUCGUAUCAUAUAUUACAAAUUGAUUUGUUAAAACUAACUCCAGCACUAAGGCUGAAAUGCCACAAACACUAAAAGAAAAUAUGUUUGAUGUUUGAAACUUGUAAACUUUGCUUUUUAGGCAGGUAAUGAUCUUUUAAAAUUCAUUAGCACAAUAUUUAAAUCUCAAAAAAACUGAAGAGAUCCACAGUUUUUGAAGCUUUACUGGAAAAGACAGAUUUCUUUUGUCCUUAAGAAAUUUGUAGCAUUUACUGUGUUGUUUAAAUGCUAAAGCCAAAGUAUCUGCACUUUUAUGCCAAGAACGAUUUUAGUGAAGGCUCCUUUCAGAUGUAACCUUAUGAGGGAAAUACCUGUUUUGUUUAUAUGCCAGUUAAAUUACUGGUUUCUAAAGUCUGUUAAAAAUGUAUUUCAGUGGCACAGACCAGUUUCCAGAUCUUAGACAUAUAUGAUAAUUCUUUGAAUAAGGCAGAUUAGCUUAUUUGUUUAAUUGGAGUGGAGACCUACCUCCAUGAUUAGAUAAACAGAUUAUUUGCAUUAAAAUCAGAAUUUUGCCUUUUUUCUUUCUGAAUUAUUAUUUUAUAUAUAUAUAUAUGACUUUCUGUUGAUUAAAUGGGUAUUCUUAAAAUAAUUGUGGGUGCUUCAGGAUUUUGUGCUUCUAUAUUUAAGUAUAUUGUUUUUAUAGCGAGGACAUGUGAUUUGGUAUGUGUUUUAUAAAUCUUUAAUAAUUUAUAAACAGGUGAUAUUUUUGUAUUGCAUUGCUUUAUUUUUCCUCCUUUCCUCCCAAAGUAUACCACUGUAUAUACCACUUCUGAGAGUGAUUGACGACAGGCCAGAUGACCCUUGAAGUAGUCAUUAUGUAGCAAUAAAUGAAGCCUGAAACAGGUGUUUUUUUAACUUCUCCUUGAAAUCUUAGAAGUUUCUUGGCAAGUCUGCAUAUUUUCAUUGACACCAAUGUAUUAAAUAUAAAUUUAAAUGAACUACUUACUUUUGCAUACUUUAAAUUCUUUAUAUGGUAAUUAUUUUUUAUAACAGGAUACUAACAUAAGUUAAAGUCUAUGUAUCUGAAACUGUUACAAAACUUUCUUCUUUACUUCAAAUAGCAAAAAAAUUUUAAAGUUCAUUGUGUUUUUAAAAAAUCAUAUUUUAGUUAAUCCUGUCAUUUAAGUUAUAUAAAAUAUAAUCAUUAUUUUAAUGUUUUUUAAUUCUUAUGUGGAAUAUAUAUGUUUUUGUAUCAGAAACACUCCUAUGUCUCACGAAAAGGAAACUACACUAAAUAGCCCUGUUUUAAGAAAAGUUUAAAGAAAAGCUGUUUAAAGAAAAGCUCCCUCCCUGAGGGAGGCCCGCUUUCCCCGCAUCCCGUGCACUCUGCUCCCAGGCCCGGGAGAAAAGCGCUUCGGGGUGGUCCUUUCUCAGGGCCCUUGCCCCUGAGCCUGGGGGCCAGCUAGGGGGCCCACACUCCCAGGCCAAGGCAGAACCACAUGCACACGUCUGCCCUGUUUUAAGAAAAGAUCUAUGAAGCAUCUCAACUUGAAGACAAAGUCAGGGUUGUAAUAACUCAGGAUCUUAGGUCUCAGGCUAGGAAAGACAAAAUUUGAAUCAGUUUGGUCAUAUGGUUCCUACUAAAUCAUAUCUGUAGUACUAGCCAAAGACAUGGCAUGAAGGAAAAUAUCAGUCUUCUGGAAGUAACUACUUCAUAAACAAUGUAAAAUGUUGCAGAUAUUAAAUAACAUGUAAUAACUUGUGAAAUUUGUUGACAUCAUAUAAGAUAAAAACAAAUGCAUAUUAAACUCAAUUUGUUUUCUUUA